AUGGAUUUCAAUAGUUUGUGUUAUAUUGUGUUCAAAUAUGGAGGAUAUUGGAGUGCAGUCAAGGGACGGAACAGGCUAAAAUAUGUUUGUGGUAACCAGAGAACUUUAAAGCUUCGGAUAAGUGAUGUCAAUUUGUGCUUACUGAAAGAACGAACCGAAGCUCUAUGCCCGUGGCUAAAGGGUCAUGCUUAUGACCUACACUAUCACAUUAAUGGUACAUCGCCUAAAAAUUACAUGCCCAUUAUAAGUGAUAUUGAUGUAAUGGACAUGCUUUCCUACUCUUCUGGUUCCCAUAGAAUGGAGGUUGUUGUCGUUGUGAAAGAGCUUGAAGAAAAUAUGGGUAUGACUUGUGAUAGUGACCAUAUUGAGAUGCAUGAUUUUAGUGGCAACAAAAUGACAAACCAUGAUGAUUUAGUUGGUGGAAUUUCUGAUGGUGUUAUUAAAAGUCCUGAUUUAGAGGAUAAUUCCCUAGUUGUGGGAUCGCGUUUUGAGGAUUCAUGCAGUUUCAAACAAGUCAUUCGUUCCAAUGUAAUAAUACAUAACUUUGAUAUCAAGAUUAAGGCUAGUGACAAAACAAGAGUUAUUGGUACAUGCUCAUAUCGUGGUUGUCCUUGGAGGAUAAGAGCUUCGUUAUGUUCUGAUAGUCAUUCUUUUGAAGUGAAAAAAUUGCAUCCUAUACAUUUAUGCCCAGGGGUGAAUAGAGCUGGGAACAAGCAAGCAACUACAAGUUGGGUUGCACAAGAAAUCCAAGACAUUGUCAAAAGAAAUCCUGAUAUCACACCAAAGGACAUUAGUAAUACCUUGGAGACUACUUAUGGUUUGAGUUUACCUUACAUGAAAAUAUGGCAGUCAAGGGCACUAGCAAGAGAUCAAAUGUUUGGAUCAAUAGAUGAGAACUAUAAGUGGGUUCCAAUGUUGAGGUCUAAAUUACUCAAAAGAAAUCCAGGUUCUCAUAUUACAUAUCAAUGUGACAACAACAACAAAUCCUUCAAGAGAUUCUUUGUUAGUUUUAAAGUUUGCAUUGAUGGUUUCCUCUCUGGUUGUAGAUAUUUAAUUGGUGUUGAUGCCUGCCAUUUGAAAUCAAAAUAUUUAGGUGUUCUACUAUCUGCGAAUUGUCUUGAUGGGAAUAAUGGCCUCUUCACAAUUGCAAUUGCUGUUGCUGAAUAUGAAUCGAAGAAGUGUUGGGAGUGGUUUCUAAAAAAUUUGUCAGAAGCAUUUAGUUCUGAAAUAGAACAUUUGGCCUUCAUAUCUGAUAUGGAAAAAGGGCUUGGUGAAGCUAUAAGGGUUGUUUUUCCAAAAGCCGAACAUAGGGUGUGCAUGAGACACCUAUGGAAGAACAUUAAGAAAUUCUUCCGCUGUGAAGAUGGGAAAAAAUUGCAGAAGUUGGUUUGGACAACCACAAAUAGUUUUAGUGAGCACAUUUUCAAUGCAUCUUUUGAAGACAUCAGAAACCUAAGUCCUAGAGUAUAUUCAUACCUGGUUGGCUUGACAUGUAAAUGGUCUAAAUCCACUUUUUCACACCAUAUUAAAAAUCAUUACAGCACAAAUAAUAUGUCAGAAUCUUUCAAUUCAUGGGUUGAAGAGGCUAGGAGUAAGCCAGUUGUGGAUCUAAUCGACAUGGUUAGAGGAAUGAUGAUGGAGCAACGUUCCCAAAGGAAGUUAAAUUGUAGUUCUUGGAAAGGGCCACUUGUUCCUUGCGUUGAGGAAUACCUACGAGAUGUCACAACAAUGAAAGAUCACUUUAUUAUUCGCCAAUCAACUCCAACCAAGGCUGAGGUUGAAGGAAGAUACGAAAGACAUGAGGUUGAUAUUGAGAACCAUAUUUGUAGUUGUGAAUUUUGGCAAGUGAGUGGAUUUCCAUGGGUGCAUGGUGCAUCAUUCAUUGGAUCAAAACAGUACAAUUUAUGGCAUAGCUAUGUGGACGAUCACUACUACACAUCUAGAUAUAGAAUAACUUAUGAAAAAGCGAUAGGAACACUACGAGGGAAGGAUCAAUGGUCGAUACUUAGUGAUGGAGAGGAGGUUGGACCUCCAAUAUCAAGUAGGCCUCGUGGAAGACCAAAGAAGAGAAGAAUGAAAAACUUAUUGAAAACUACAAAGAAGACAAAAAUGAGUCAUAAGUGUGGACGAUGCAACUCGUGGGGACACCAUAGAAGCACAUGUAAGAACCCUUUAAAUGGCGACGGACCUGGAAAUGAUGAUGCCUUUGAAAUGCCGACAAUAUCUUCUCCACGUGAAAAAAUCCCGAUUAGGCGUGUUGAUCGUGGCUGA